ACUGAGCGAAUGAGAGGGAGCGCGCCAGAGAAAACCCCGAACAAACAGAAGUAGUGUCAUUAAGUGAAUUUUGUGACACCAUCCGCCGCGGCUUCACCAGACCGACACAAUAUAUCCACCGGAUCACUGUUUUACCGACAGCCAAGCCCACUUCGUGUCCAGCUCGAGAGCCUCAGAACGCGGUCGUGUCAGCGGGCAUGAGCUAACCCCAGACAUGGAAACCAAACCUUUCUUGUCAUUGGGGUUCCUGAAGCCUCAGUGCUCGCUGGCGCCCCCCCCACAGAGAGGCCGCUCCGAUGGCUGCACCUGCUUCAGUGGCAUGUGCCACCUCCACCAGCGACGCCUGUCCUCCGCGCCAUCAGUCUUCACAUCGAUGGAGGGCAUCACAUACAAGUCGUCGGGACCCGUGACAUCGUCGCCGCUGAACUCGCCCACGUCCCAUCGGGGCAUGCACCCGGCGCUGCUCAGCCCGUCCUCCAUGGGCCCGGGCCCACUGCACUCGCCCAUCAGCAGCCUGCCCUCGCCCAUGAAUGGCCUGGGCUCGCACUUUUCCGUCAUCAGCUCGCCCAUGGGCCCGCACACCAUGAGCUCGCCCAGCAUGGGCUACGGCUCCAGCAUCAGCCCGCAGCUGAACUCCCCGAUGAACUCAGUGAGCAGCUCAGAGGACAUCAAGCCUCCGGUAGGCCUGAACGGCGUGAUGAAGGUGCCUGCGCAGCCUUCCAACAACCCCCUGUCCCUCACCAAACACAUAUGUGCCAUCUGCGGAGAUCGCUCUUCAGGCAAACACUACGGGGUGUACAGCUGCGAGGGGUGUAAAGGCUUCUUCAAACGGACCGUGCGCAAGGACCUGACGUACACCUGCCGCGACAACAAGGACUGCACCAUCGACAAGCGCCAGCGCAACCGCUGCCAGUACUGCCGCUACCAGAAGUGCCUGGCCAUGGGCAUGAAGAGAGAAGUUUUGUUACAUGCAGCCGUCCAGGAGGAGCGUCAGCGGGCCAAGGACUGCAAGGAGAAUGAGGUGGAGUCCACCAGCAGCGCCAACGAGGACAUGCCCGUGGAGAAGAUUCUGGAAGCCGAGCUGGCCGUCGAGCCCAAGACCGAGACCUACAUCGAGACCAACCUCGGCAUGCCCUCCAACUCGCCCAACGACCCCGUCACCAACAUCUGCCAGGCGGCAGACAAGCAGCUGUUCACCCUGGUGGAGUGGGCCAAAAGGAUCCCCCACUUCUCCGAGCUGCCGCUCGACGACCAGGUCAUCCUGCUGAGAGCAGGCUGGAAUGAGCUCCUUAUUGCCUCCUUCUCGCACCGCUCCAUCGCGGUGAAGGACGGCAUCCUGCUGGCCACGGGUCUCCAUGUGCACCGCAACAGCGCCCACAGCGCCGGGGUGGGUGCCAUCUUUGACAGGGUGCUGACAGAGUUGGUCUCCAAGAUGCGGGACAUGCAGAUGGACAAGACUGAGCUUGGAUGCCUACGGGCCAUCGUCCUCUUCAACCCAGACUCCAAAGGACUGUCGAACCCUAGUGAGGUGGAGGCUCUCCGGGAGAAGGUCUACGCCUCCCUGGAGGCCUACUGCAAGCAGAAGUACCCCGAGCAGCCUGGGCGGUUUGCUAAGUUGCUCCUGCGUCUGCCAGCCCUGCGCUCCAUCGGCCUCAAGUGUCUGGAGCACCUGUUCUUCUUCAAGCUCAUCGGCGACACGCCCAUCGACACCUUCCUCAUGGAGAUGCUGGAGGCGCCGCACCAAAUGACAUAAUGACCUUUGACCUCGUCACUCUCACAACCUCUUACCCACAAAAUCCCUCCACCCUCACCCCCACCCCCGCCUCGUCCCGGCUCCGCCCCACCUGAGAGAGAAAGACUGA